AUGUCCCAAAUACGGACAGAGACCCGAGAGCCCAAAUCCACCAACGCUGGUCCUUCAAAGUCCGUCCUAUUCUUCGGCGCCACGGGCGUCAUCGGCACCUACCUCAUCUCAGGCCUGGCGAACGCCCUGGAGGCCGGCACGCUCUCCCGCCUCGCCAUUUUCACCUCCAACUCGACCGUGACCUCCAAGUCCGACACCAUCGACAGCCUCAAAGCCCAUGGCGUCGAAGUCUUCGUCGGCGACGUCAGCGACACUUCCUACAUCCGCGCCGUCCUCGACGGCAGCGCCGCGCCCACGAACCCCAGCACCGACACCACGCCCUUCGACACCGUCAUCUCCGCCGCGGGCCGCAAUGCGAUCCUCACGCAGAUCCCUAUCUUGGAGGUGGCGGAAAGCGUCGAGACCGUGAAGCGCUUCUAUCCGUCUGAGUAUGGGACCGACAUCGAGUACGAUGCGCAGACGAGUCCGCACGAGCCGCCGCACCAGCUGAAGCUCAAGGUGCGCAAGUGGAUCAGGGAGAAUGUGAAGCGGCUCGAGUACACGUAUCUGGUGACGGGACCGUACUCCGAAUUGUGGUUGGGGAAACCGCCGGCUGCGGCGGAGAUGGUGGGCGGGUUUGAUGUGAAAGGGAAGAGGGCGGUCGUGUUGUACGAUGGGAAGGGGAGGGUUUCUUUCACCUCGAUGGGAGACGUCGCGAAGCUGCUGGUGGCCUCCCUAGCCCACCCCGCCGAGUCGCGCAAUCGAGCACUCAAGGUGAAUUCAUUCACCACCACGCCACUAGACGUCGUAGCGGAGUUUGAGAAGCAGACUGGUGGCGAGAAGUGGAAGGUCGAAUUCACGGAUCGAGAUGAGUUAAUCAAGAACGAGAAGAAGGCGCAUGAGGAAGGGGCGCCGUUUGCCACGGCUUACACGCUGCGGAGAAUCUGGGCAGAUGGUGGAACGCUGUACGACGUGAGGGAUAAUGGGAGAAUUGACUUUGAAGGCCAGGAGGAGAGCUUGGAGAGUCAGGUAGCUGAGGCGGUGGCGAAGCAGACUGCUUGA